AGAGAACUGUUAUGAAGCGAUUAAAAUAAUCUAAUCUGUACUUAAAUUACUAUGUGAAUAUAUCGUAAAACGAAAGAAGCACGUAACGUCCGACAGGAAAAACAAUUUUGAUGUUUUGAUUCCAAGAUAGAUGGGAUCAACCAGGAAGUGGUCAGUGCCAAUGCUUUUGGUUGGGAACAUGAUUUACGGAAUAAUACCGUGAGAUUGAGAAGGAACAUAUUUGUAGAUUUAUUUCCUUGUUUAGUACAUUGCCGAUCCGAUUUAAAAAAAAACCCGGCAAAUUGUGUGAUAAUAGUGGGAUCGUUCGUGAGAGGGGGCUGGUCGGCAUCGGGUAAUUGGCACGUCCCCAGGCCCAGGGUCUUUCGUUCGCCGUCACUCCAGACGUAUCGUGGCUCCGCUCGUUCUCGCUGUUUCGGCCGUCCGGAACUGCGAUCUUUGCCGAAAUUGCCUCCGCCUUCCGUCACAUCAACCCUUCCUCCAGUCAGCUGUUAUCCAACUUGACGACAAUGGACGAUGAGCUGGAGGACAGGAUAUUCUAUCAGACGUACACGUCUCACGUCAAGCUCAUGUCCAAGUUCAUUGUCGGCCUCCCGCUCAAUGGUGGACACUUAUCACAGGUAUGGAGGCUGGUCAGGUUCUACGUCGCCAAGCCCGAGGUCGUCCUCAUCACCAUCUCCAUCUUCCUCAUCUUCAUGUACAUCCAGGCCGUGGAGAUCUGGUCGAGGAGUUUGGUUGAUAGGAUUCGACUCUCUGUAGGCAACUCGGUGCCUUCGAGAACCCAGAGACUUGCGAACUUCAAGGCAUCGGGCGAUCUAGACAGCCUCAGCUGGGAGCUGAAGGAGAAGAACGUUGCCGUCUACGCCAUCCAGGGCCGUAGGGCCAAGAUGGAGGACAGGUUCGUAGUCAACGAGAAUAUAAACGGGACCGGCGUCCACUUGUAUGGAGUCUUCGACGGUCACGGUGGAGAGUUUGCAGCAAACUACGCUAGAGACAACCUGAUAAACAACUUGAACAGCAAAAUAGUAGAGUUGAAGAAUCUGAUGGUGAAUGGAGUUGUACGCAAGCCUUCAAUCAACGGUCCGCAGGAACCGCUGUCAAUUAAGCCUCCUCCGUCACCUAGGUCAGUCAGGAAAACACCGCCGUCGCCUAAGCCUCUAGAGAAGAAGCCCAGUUUUAAGAACCGUUCCAUGGAAGACAGCAACAAGUCCAGCAGUGUCACUGACCCGUUCCUCCUUGAGAAGUUAGAGUGCCUCCCGCGAUCAAAUGUAGUCACUAGGGAAGUCAAGCCGAACCGUCAGCCGGCAUUUGUUGCUCCCGAUAUUGGUUCGUACAUCGAAGGCUCUGCUAUUAAUUUCGGUAAACUGGUCACCGAUGAAGUUCUCGCCGCUGACAGACUGCUACUAGAAGCGGCCAAGAAGAACCUUGACUUAGCUGGAACAACAGCAUUGUUGGCGAUUGUAGAAGGUUCGAAGCUAAUCGUGGCCAAUGUAGGAGAUUCGCGGGGAGUAAUGUGCGAUUCAAAAGGCAAGGCCAUUCCCCUUUCUUUUGACCACAAACCCCAGCAGAGCCGGGAGAAGAAAAGGAUAGAAGAGGCCGGCGGAUCGGUGUGUUUCAACGGAGUCUGGCGUGUCGCCGGCAUUCUAGCGACGUCUAGGGCGAUGGGCGAUUACCCUCUCAAAGACCGCAGGCUUGUGAUCGCCGACCCCGAUGUCCUCACUUUCGACCUCAAGAGCCAUAAGCCCAAGUUUAUCAUCCUCGCCUCAGACGGCCUCUGGGACAUGUUCUCCAACGAAGAAGCCAUCGCCUACGUUUCCUCUAGGCUUAGCGAGCCCCACUUUGGAGCUAAAAGUAUCACCCUGCAAGCUUAUUACAAAGGAUCCCUCGAUAACAUAACCGUCCUCGUUAUUAACCUUGCCAACCAUACCUGGAUGUAGAUGCCAUUUGACAAAAGCGUUUAUUUUGUGUUACCUCGUAAAUUUUAAAAUAGGCAAGUAUUUUUCGUUUUGUUAUAGUUUUAAUUUAUUAAAGUCAUUAAAUUAUUAGUUAAAUGGUUUUUAUUUAAUAAUUUACUUUUUAAUUAAUGCUGUGGUUUUGAUGGUUGUGUACAAGUUUGUGAUUUUGAUUUCUAGUUUGUAUAAAGUUACUAUUGUCGUACAAACAAACUUAAACCAAAAACCAUGCUCAUACUGGUAGAAAUGUCUCUAAUAGGGGAUAGGGAUAUUUCCCCUACUUGUGUAAGUGUUCAAAUGUUAGUUUUGGUAGGACAGCAUAGGCGGGAAAAUACUACCAUUCGGUGUAUUUUGGUUUAAAUGUGAUCUUUGUCAUUAGUCGUACGAUGUAUUUCCUCAUAAUCUGGAACCCUCUCCCCCGUCUGCCAAAUCAACAAGUGUAUUUUCAUCAGUUUGUGAUAGGCAGUGGUAGUUUAUGCCAAUAUUUUAAAACACAUGUUUUUAAAUCGUUGGCCAAUUUUAAACGCUUUUUAGUACACACAAAGAUAUUUUUUUUAUUCAACUGAACUGUAGGAUAUCUAUGAAAAAAAAAAAUUAUAAGACCAGAUCAGUCAGUUUUGCUAUUCUCACAAUUUUGAGUAUUUUGUGACUUUGCAUACAAAACUUGUACCGUGUGGGUCUAAUAGUAAACAUUGUACUGCCUUUGGGCUAUCAAUCUGUCCAUGAGUUUGUUGACACAAAUUAACUGGUAGUUAUAAUUUUAAUUAUGGCAUAAAUUUUUUGAAUUAUAUCGCCUUUAUGACUUAUUCUAUAAGCAACGCUGAAUAUUUUUUUAAUAAAAAAAGUUUCAUUUCGAUUAUUAAAUUGUGUGAUGAAAAAUAUACAAAAAUAAUUACCUUUGUUCUUGCUCUUUUGCCACAAAGUGCCAAAUUAAUUUUACACUAGAGUUUAGCACAUUUUUUCUCUCAAAACUCGUGAAGACAAUAUGCCUAAUACAGUCAAAAAUCAUGUAAAUCUUUGAGAUCAUGCUAAAAAUGUAUUUUUAAUAAUAAUAAUAAUUUUAAACUUGAAUCAAAGAUAUUAAACUUUUCAUCUAAUUUACUUGUCAUUCUUUCUCUCUCUAAAAAAAAAAGUAGUUUCUGUCAUAAUAGAAUCAUCGAGGCUCAAAAGUGCGAAAAAGAUUCGCCGAGUUUUAGCUUUUUUACCAGGUUUCUACUAGUGGAACAUCAAAUUUUUAGCAUUUUUCGACUAAUCGUGCUAAUGUCUGUCUAGAAUAGGGAAAGCCAGUUGACAGAAACCUGAUUUAAUGACGAGACAUUUUGGCAAGAUGAUGGGUCGGAAAAAAAAAUCGUUUGAUUGAUAUUAACCGCCAAAAUUAUUUGUGAUGCAAAUUAUACCUGAAAAAAAGAAAAUUAGCGCUUUACUGUUUUACAGUUUAAACUAGAUAAUGCUUAAAUUUUUACCAGGCAAAAAAAAAAGUGAGAGACUGUACUUUUGAAAUUGUACAUUUUAAAAGUUUCGACCCCCUUUUUAGAAUCGCAAGUUUGUAUUUUUAGCAGAUAUCGGCUUUGUACAUAUGGCUGUGAAAAUGCAGUUCUAUUAAAAAAUAAAUAAAAUAAUUCUGUGAUUGUUAAGAACGGGUUUCUGAAUUUAAACAGAGGCACAUAAUCACUGAAUAACACCUACUUUAACGUAUAAGUUCGUAAAUUAGGCUGUGUUUAGAAACAAAAAAAAA